ACUGUCAUUGUCUGGCACAACAUGGUACGGCUCUCCAUAAUAUAUGCCUUCCGUCAUCGAUAUUUAGGAAGCCAGACGGAAAUCGGCGAGAAUGUGUUUGCCCACGGCGGCGGGGGAAUCACUCUACCUAACUCAGCAAUGCGGAAGGUCGUGGGAUACUAUCAGGCUCAUAAUCCAUCCAUUUAUAACUAG